AGAAUCAUCUCCCACAUCAAGACCUCCAGAAGUCUCCACAUCCUGUGUGGAGUCCCAGUCUUCUGCUGGAUCACUGCUACAGUUCUGGAGCACAUGUUGACUGCAGAGCAGAGAGGAGAGCUGCCCAAGACCCUGACUGACAUGUACUCACACUUUGUGAUGGUUCAGACUAAGAGGAAGAAGAACAAGUACCAUGAGGGACAUGAGACUAGUCCACAGGAGCUGAUAGAGGCUGACAGGGAAGUUCUUCUGAAGCUGGGGAGGCUGGCGUUUGAACAUCUGGAGGAAGGAAACAUCAUGUUCUACCAAGAAGACCUGGAGCGCUGUGGUCUGGAUGUGACAGAGGCCUCAGUGUACUCAGGAGUUUGUACAGAGAUCUUCAAAAGAGAGAGUGUGAUCUUCCAGAAAUCAGUCUACUGCUUUGUUCAUCUGAGUGUUCAGGAGUUUCUGGCUGCAGUCUACAUGUUCCACUGUUACACCAACUGGAAGACAGAGGUUCUGGAGGACUUCCUGGGGAAAAAAUGCCAAGAAAAGAAAUCAAACUUGUCUUUUGUUCAGAAAAUGUCUCAACAGUUUGAAAAGGGGCACAGUACUGUCUCAUAUCUGGAUGACUUCCUGUGUGGAGCCAUGGAGAAAUCCCUGGAGAGUAAAAAUGGUCACCUGGACCUGUUAGUUCGCUUCCUUCAUGGCCUCUCUCUGGAGUCCAACCACAGACUCUUAGGAGGUCUGCUGGGUCAGACAGAGAACAGUCCAGAAAUCAUCCAGAGAACCAUCAACAACCUGAAGGAGAUGGACACUGAUAAAAUGUCUCCUGACAGAAGCAUCAACAUCUUCCACUGUCUGAUGGAGAUGAACGACCUCUCAGUUCAUCAGGAGAUCCAAGAGUUCCUGAAGUCAGAGAACAGAUCAGAGAAGAAACUGUCUGAGAUCCACUGCUCAGCUCUGGCCUACAUGCUGCAGAUGUCAGAGGAGGUUCUGGAUGAGUUGGACCUGAGUCAGUACAACACAUCAUGGGAGGGACGACGGAGACUGAUCCCAGCUGUGAGGAACUGCAGAAAGGCUCAAUUAUCUGGAUGUGGACUUUCAGAGACUCACUGUGAAGUUGUGUCCUCAGCUCUGAAGUCCAACCCUUCCUAUCUGACAGAGCUGGACAUGAGUUAUAAUAACCUGAAUGAUUCAGGAGUGAAGCAUCUGUCUGCUGGACUGGAGAGUCCAAACUGUAGACUGGAGACUCUGAGGUCAGUUCACUGACUGGAGAUGUUGGAGGUUUUCUUUAUUUAUUCAGUUUAUAAAAACUAAAUACACAGUCACAGACUGUUACUGAUGUUGUUGAGUCAGACUGAUAGAAGACCACUGCUCUGAGUCACCAUGAAACACACAUGAUACAUUAAUACAUUUCCCCUCUUUGUUUUGAAAGAGGGCAUUCCCUACAGGGUUAUCGAUCUUGGAGUUGAGAUGGAGAGUAUUAUAAUAGAAGUAUGGAUAGGAAAAAGGAAACUGGUGACAAUAAACCUUUAUAACCCAUGCAGAAAAUUGGACAUUAAGAAACUGGAAGAAAUGGUAGGAAAGAGCAAUGGAAACUCAGUGUGGUGUGGAGAUUUUAAUGCUCAUAAUACACUAUGGGGGGUGAGAAGAAUGAUUGCAAUGGGGAGAUAGUGGAGGAGUUGUUAGAUGGGCAGAAUUUGGUUUGUGUGAAUGAUGGGAGAGGGACAAGAAUAGAUAGUGGAAAAGAGUCAGGUCUGGAUCUGACAAUAGUGACUAAUGCUAUAGCGCCAUCAUGUGAACGGAGAAUGAGGCAUAAAGGGACUAUAGGAAGUGAUCACUAUCCUCUAGAUAAUAAAAUAAAUAGAGCAACAGUACAGUCUACGGAAAGAAUAGGGGGAAGGUGGAUCAUAGGAAAAGCUAAGUGGGUAGAAUUCACACAGGAAUGUGACAAAAAUCUUUCUCAGAUUAGUGACAAUAUGUUAUUGGAAAUGAUGGAGAGGGAAAUAAAGCAAGGGAUCAUAUCAGCAGCAAACAGGUAUAUACCUAAAAGUACAGGCAGGAAAGGAAGCAGCAUAGUAACAUGGUGGGAUGACAAAUGUAAGCAAGCGUUUAAAUUAGUUAAAAGAUGUCAUCACUUUCAGCACCUGAUUCAAUAUAAGCAAGAGCAAGACGUGGUAAGGAAAACAAUAAGGCAAAAAGAUUGUACUGGAGGAAGUUCUGUGGAUCGAUUGGGAGCAAUACUAAGAUAGGACAAGUACGGGGAAUGUUGGAAGGACUGGAAUCACCCAGUCAUGAGUUCUGGGAAUGAAGUAGCUGUAACCAAUAAAGAAAAGGCAGAGUUAAUGGUUAAAACGUUUGUUGAGGUGCACAGCUCAAACCAUUUAACUGAGGAGGGAAGACUAGACUAGAUAGAAUAUGCUAGACUAUGAUCAAACAUACAGGUGAAUAUCAUCAUUAUUCAGUAAAGUAUGGAAAGAGGGUAAAGUACCAUGAAGCUGGGAGGAGGCAAUAAUUAUCCCAGUUAGGAAGCCUGGAAAAGAUCCAAGUAAACCAAUAAACUACAGACCCACAGCUCUGACGUCACAUAUAGAGACAAUAAUGGAGAGAAUGGUUAAUGAGAGGCUCAUGCACUAUAUAGAGAAGAGGGGACUGGGGACUGAAUAUAUCAAAGUGGAUUCAGAAGAGGUAGGAGCACAAUGGAUCCAGUGUUGUGUUCAGAGGAUGGAAUCAGAAAAGCGCAGGUAAAUAAAGAGACGGUGGCUGCAGUGAACUUUGAUGCUGAGAAAGCGUAUGACAUGUUGUGAAGAGAGGGCUUGCUAAUUAAGAUGAAUCACAUGGGAACUGAGGGAACGUUAUUUAACUGGGUUAUGGACUUUCUGAGGGAAAGGGUCAUUCAGGUUAAAAUUGGAUCAGAAGUAUCAGAAAGGUAUAUUGUAGGGAAUGGUACACCACAACACUAUUUACAAUAAUGAUAAAUGAUAUAUAUGAUGACAUACCAGAGGGAAUGGGGAGAUCUUUGUUUGCAGAUGAUGGGGCACUAUGAAUAGAGAUCAUAUAGUAUAGACAAAGUGGAGAAACAGGGAUUUAAAUUUCCAGUGGAAAAAAGUAAUGUUCUUUUCAAAAAAGAAACUCAGUGAAAAUAAAAAGUUAAGCUUGUAUGUGAAGAAAUUAGAGAGAGUGAACAGUUUUGACUCCAGGUUAACAUGGAGAGAACAUGUGAAAGGUAUAGUAGGGAAAAGUAAGGGAGUUUUGAAUAUUAUAUAUAAAAUGGAGAGUUG